AGCGCGGCCCGGGCAGCGAGAGCUCGACGCGGUGCAGUGCGUGGCUGCCCCUCCAAACCCUCUUCGUCUUUUUAUUCCCCCGCUUCGAUUUCGAUCACCUCUAUCCCAAAAAAAUCUGAAAAACCCCUAAUUUUUGCAGAGUCCUCUUUCGGUACCUCGGUCCCUGUUACGUUACCUAUCCACGAAAAGAGCUAACAAAAAAAUUAAAGAGGAAGGUUUGAUUGUUGUUAUCUAUCUAUUUAUAUCGGUUGUCUGUGAUCAGGAAGAGAAAAAGGUGAAAAAGGUCGCAUUUUGGCGUGAGCGAUGGCGCAGGCUACGAUGCAGCAGCAACAGCAACCGCCAAAUGGGACUGUCAGUACCGGCGGCGCCGGCGGGGGGAAUCAGUUCCCGACGACUUCUCUGUACGUGGGGGACCUACAGGCGAACGUGUCGGACGCGCAGGUGUUCGAUAUGUUCAGCCAGAUCGGUCCUGUGGUGUCAGUUCGGGUGUGCCGCGAUGUGGAUACUCGCCGAUCGCUUGGCUAUGCUUAUGUUAACUACAGCAACCCUGCUGAUGCUACAACGGCGAUGAACGUGCUGAACUUUGCCCUUCUUAACAAUAAGCCUAUUCGCAUUAUGUAUUCGAAUCGUGACCCUAGCAUCCGCCGAAGUGGGGCAGCAAAUAUAUUCAUAAAAAAUCUAGAUAAAACAAUAAACAACAAAGCACUACAUGAAAUCUUUUCGACAUUCGGAAAUAUUCUUUCAUGCAAGGUUGCUACAGAUGCAUCUGGUCAGUCAAAAGGAUAUGGUUUUGUUCAAUUUGAUCAAGAAGAAUCAGCACAGACUGCAAUUAGUAAGUUAAAUGGCAUGUUAGUUAAUGAUAAACUAGUUUUUGUUGGACCAUUCCUCCGGAAGCAUGAAAGGGAAAACCUUUUAGAUAAGACAAAAUUUUCUAAUGUCUAUGUCAAAAACCUCUCUGAGUCAACUACAAAGGAAGAUCUCGAAACUAUCUUUGGCAAGUAUGGGAAAAUUACUAGUGCUGUUGUUAUGACGGAUGGGGAGGAAAAAUCAAGGUGCUUUGGCUUUGUAAAUUUUGAGGAUUCAGAUGCUGCUGCUCAAGCGGUUCAAGAACUCAAUGGACAGAAAUUUGAUGAAAAAGAGUGGUAUGUUGGAAAGGCACUUAAGAAAUAUGAAAGGGAAAUAGAACUAAAGGAAAAAUUUGACCAGAGUGCAAAAGAAACAGUAGACAAAUACCAAGGGCUCAACUUAUAUCUAAAGAAUUUGGAUGAUAGUAUUGGAGAUGAUAAGCUGAGAGAUUUGUUUUCUGGUUUUGGUGCAAUUACUUCUUGCAAGGUUAUGCGGGAACCAAAUGGUGCAAGUAAAGGUUCUGGAUUUGUGGCUUUCUCAACUCCAGAAGAAGCAUCUCAUGCACUUGCAGAUAUGAAUGGAAAGAUGGUUUGCGGGAAGCCACUCUAUGUUGCACUUGCACAGCGUAAAGAAGACAGAAGAGCUAGGCUGCAGGCACAGUUUUCACAAGUACGACCUGUAGCAAUGACUCCUACUGUUGGUCAGCGUGUCCCCAUGUACCCUCCUGGUGCUCCUGGUCUUGGGCAGCAAAUAUUUUACGGUCAAGCACCUCCUGCCCUUAUGCCACCACAGCCUGGAUUUGGUUUCCAGCAACAACUUAUACCUGGAAUGCGGCCUGCAGGAGCACAUAUGCCCAAUUUCUUUGUGCCCCUUGUCCAACAUGGUCAGCAGGUGCACCGUCCUGGUAGCAGACGUACUGGAGCAGGACCCGUGCAACAAACUCAGCAGCCAAUACCCUUAAUGCAGCAACAGAUGCUUCCGAGGGGACGAGUUCAACGUUAUCCAACAGGUCGCAACAUGCCUGAUGUUCCUAUGCCUGGUGUUGUUGGUGGCAUGCUCUCACCUUAUGACAUGGGUGGUUUGCCUAUGCGAGAUGUUGGCAUGUCGCAACCUGCUCCCAUUGGAACAUUGGCUUCUGCUCUUGCAAAUGCUGCUCCUGAGCAUCAAAGGAUGAUGCUCGGCGAGAACUUGUAUCCACUUGUGGAGAGCAUUGAACAUGAUCACGCAGCCAAAGUUACCGGUAUGCUACUGGAGAUGGACCAAACUGAGGUGCUGCACCUGCUGGAAUCUCCAGAUGCUCUGAGGGCUAAAGUCGCAGAGGCAAUGGAAGUUCUGAGGAGCGUCACACAGCAGCAGGGCAAUGCGCCAGCCGAUCAGCUGGCUGCACUAUCGCUCAACGAUGGUAUCCUCUCAUGAGGUGAUGGGCUGGGACGGAUUUGACUGGAGACUUUUUGGUUGUGACAAACAGUUAAUAGUGGAGUUUGCUUGGCUUUUUGUUUACAACUGUGUUUGAGUUUGGUUUCAAGAUCAUUAACCAUGCUAUUGUUAACUUAACUGUGUCAGUAGAAUUAAUGUUGGAUUUCAGGUUUUCUUAUUAAGUUUGUGUUCCUGGACC